UUAGGCUCAGACAGACAGCAGACCGGCUCUCCCAGCCAGGCUCCGCUGAUCCUUCACUCUCCGCUUUGCUCCCUCCUCUUCAUCACCGGCCACCUGCCUCUCCGAGAAUAACUCCCGACCGCUCAGGACCGGGCGAGCCUCGGGGGGCGGGGGGAAAGGGCGACAUCGGUGUCCCGAUUGCACCUCUCCGACACCCGCGCGCCCACUUCCCCACUUUCGGGGGAUUUGUUGUUGUCGCUACCGGCCGAGGAGCGCUCCGGCUUCUGCCCCGUCACUCCCUCUCCUCCCCCAAAGACCCCCUCUCGACUGCCCUCCUGCCCUCCACCCUGCCCCGUCCGUCCCCUCAGAAGGAGCCACUUGCAUGGAUGCAGCAUGGCCACGUUCGUCUGCAGGGUUCAGUUUUUAGAUGACACCGAUCCGUUCAACAGCACCAACUUCCCAGAGCCGACCAGACCCCCGGUGUACACCUUCAGGGAGGACAUCCCCCUCAUCAACCAACUAGCGGGCGUCCACCGGCUCCUCAAAGCCCCUCACAAGCUCGACGAUUGUACACUUCAGCUGUCCCACAAUGGGACCUACCUGGACCUGGAGUCCUCGCUGGCCGAGCAGAGGGACGAGCUGGAGGGGUUUCAGGCGGACGAUGCGGGGUCCAGAGGGAAGAAGCACAGCGUUAUUUUGCGGACCCAGUUGACCGUCCGUGUGCACGCCUGCAUCGAGAAACUCUAUAACUCCAGUGGACGGGACUUGAGAAGGGCUCUGUUCUCUUUAAAGCAGAUCUUUCAGGAUGACAAAGACCUUGUCCACGAGUUUGUGAUGGCCGAAGGUUUGACUUGUCUCAUCAAGGUGGGAGCAGAGGCUGACCAGAACUACCAGAACUACAUAUUGAGAGCCCUGGGGCAGAUCAUGCUGUACGUGGACGGGAUGAACGGCGUCAUCGGCCACCCGGAGACCAUCCAGUGGCUCUACACUCUGAUUGGCUCAAAGUUCCGGCUGGUGGUGAAAACGGCUCUGAAGCUGCUGCUGGUGUUUGUGGAGUACUCCGAGUCCAACGCGCCGCUGCUCAUACAGGCCAUCGCCUCCGUGGACACGAAGAGAGGCUGCAAGUCUUGGUUCAAUGCCAUGGAGAUCUUGCAGGAGAAAGACGGAGUGGACACCGAGCUGCUGGUCUACGCCAUGACCCUCGUCAACAAGACGCUCGCGGCGUUGCCUGACCAGGACUCCUUCUACGACAUGGUGGACAGUCUGGAGGAACAAGGCAUGGACACAGUAUCCCAGAGACACCUGGGAAGGAAAGGCACCGACCUGGACUUGGUGGAGCAGCUCAACAUUUACGAGACGACUCUACGUCACGAAGACGGCGACGACGACAGCCAGCCGCCGCCAACGGGAUGCCGCGACCGCCGGCGCGUCAGCCUCGGUGGAGCGGAGAAGCAUCGAGGCCUGGAGAGGCGUCGGAGUCGCCGGGCCUCGCUCGGCCGACCCGGGCAGGCCCCCUGCAGCCCCGCGUCCCCACAGAAAGCCGGCUUCCAGCCGUUCAGCGGACACAGGGCGGAGGACCUCAGUGAGAGAGAGGAAGAAUGUGGCGUAGAGGAGGAGGAGGAGGAGGAGGAAGAGACUCCUGUGACUGAAUCUGACUCGGAUGAGAAGGAGGGGGCUAAUCAGACCACCCCCAGGGCUGCGUGCCCUACACCCACCGUCCACAGGACCACCCUUCAGUCCAUCACCAUCUCCUCCAGAAAGGGAACCAAAAAGGACAAUGAGCCGAAGAAUCAGGCAGAAAUUCACCCGCCGUCGACGUCGCCGCCCUCCACCCCGACGCCCCUUUCUCCAGAGUGUGGCGGUAGUCUCAGCCCCCAGUCCCAGCCCUCCCUGCUGGCCACCCUGCUGGCCAGGAAGCGCUCUACAGUCACCGUCCCCGCCACCAAGGAAGUCAGCCCGCCGCUGCGCGGCAGCUCCCGCCUGUCCCCCAACCGCGUCCCCUACCUGCCCCACUCGCCCUUCCACCUCUUCUCGUACGACCUGGACGAUGAGCCGGCGCCGACGGCUCAGGCUAAACGCAGCGAGGAGUCGCCCCAAACCAAACCUCCCAGGAAUGGAGUCUCGUCGUUCAGCACCCCGAGUACACCCACAACCUCCAGGGUGGCAUUAGGGGGACUGCUGUCGUCGUCCUACCGACAGCACCAGGAGUCUCUGGCGGCUGAGCGAGAGCGCCGCCGUGUGGAGAGGGAGGAGAGGCUGCAGAGGAUCGAACGGGAGGAGAGGAACAAGCACAGCCGCGACUAUGUGGAUAAGAUGGAAGAGGCCCGGCACGCGCGGGAGGAGCGGUAUAAGAACGUAGAGCGUCUGGCGGCGGAGGAGUACGAGAGGGACCGCGUCCGGGCGUCCAGGACUCGGCCUGACCUCAGCCUGCCCUUUGAGCCCUCGGAGGCCUGGCCCUCGUCGUCGCGCAGCAGCACGCCAUCGUCUUUUGCCUCCCAGGAGGAAGGAGAAGCCGACCUUGAACCCGAGACGCCGGGCACCGCCUGCACCCCCUCUGAGGCUGAAGAGGCCGACGACUCCAGUGGCAGCGUAGAAGCGGAAGAGAAACAGGCGGCGGCGGAAGCAGGGGAAGUGGAAGAGCAGAAGGAAGUGGAGGACGAGGAAGUGCAGGAGGAAGCGGCGGCGGACCAGGAGGAGGACGGGAAGGAGCCCGAGCAGGAAGCGGAGCAGCAGAGAGAGGAGGAGGCGGAGGAGGACAGCGGCAUCCUUAGUGACAAGGAGCGACAAAAUGAGGAGGUGAACGAGAAGGACAACUGCUCGGCCUCCAGCAUCUCCUCCGCCAGCAGCACCUUGGAGAGAGAGGAGAGGGUCAGCGCGGAGAAUGGCUUUAAGGAGGCAGAAGUGAACGAGAAUUGCAACAAGCUCCUCGAUAGCAAACUCUUCAUGCUGGACAUGCUGUACUCCCAGAGCUCAAAGCCCAGCGCCGAGGAGGAAGAGGAAGAGAAGGCGAAGGAGAAGGGGGAGGGGGAGGAAGAGGACAGGGAGACCCAUCAGGAGACGAGCCCGGAGAGCAGCAACAAGGAGGACAAGUCGGAGCAUCGACGGAGUAUCCGUCCGAUCGCCGAGCGCUUCGGCGACCUGGUCAAAGACCUUGGCUCGUCCCACCUCCACCCGGACGCCCCAGCCAACGAGCCGCCGCCGCCCCCUCCCCCUCCCAAAAAGGAGUCGGACACCAUCUGGGACCAGCUCCUGGCCAGCCCUCGAGAGCUGCGCAUCAGGGACAUCAGCUUCACCGACCUGACGGACGACGACGACAAGGACAUCCUGGACGCCGUUCUGAUGGGAGGGUGUGGCGACCUCCCGCCUCCGCCGCCUCCUCCGCCGUUCAUCCCGCGGCUUCCUCCGCCGCCCCCCAUUCUAGGCUGCUGCCCUCCGCCACCUCCCUUGAUCGGCGUCUUGAGGCCUCCGCCGCCUCCGUCCUCUAGCGGUCCAGCCACGGCGCCCCCUCCCUCCGAGCCACCUCUCUUCAACAAGAAGAAGAAGACAAUUAGGCUGUUCUGGAGCGAGGUGCGUCCAACAGACUGUCAGUACCAGGACCACAAGUGGAGUGGAGACUCCUUCUGGUCCAAAGUGGAACCUGUAAAGUUGGAUACGUCCAAACUGGAACACCUGUUUGAGACCAAAUCGAAGGAAAUACCAGUGACAAAGAAAACGGCGGCGGACGGCAAGCGCCAGGAGAUCAUCGUCUUGGAUUCGAAGAGGAGCAACGCCAUCAACAUCGGCCUGACGGUCCUGCCUCCGCCGCGCACCAUCAAGACGGCCAUCUUGAACUUUGACGAGUACGCGCUCAACAAGGAAGGCAUAGAGAAACUCCUGACGAUGAUCCCGACUGAGGAGGAGAAGCAGAAGAUCCAGGAAGCCCAGCUGGCCAAUCCAGAUGUUCCUCUGGGCUCAGCGGAGCAGUUCCUCCUCACGCUGUCCUCCAUCAGCGAACUAUCCGCCAGACUCCAGCUGUGGGCCUUCAAGAUGGACUACGAAGCAACGGAGAAGGAAGUGGCCGAGCCACUGCAGGAUCUGAAGGAGGGGAUGGAGCAGCUGGUGAAGAACAAAACUCUCAGAUGCAUCCUCUCUACGCUGCUGUCCAUUGGAAACUUCCUCAACGGCGUCAACGCCAAAGGCUUCGAGCUGACAUACCUGGAAAAGGUCCCAGAAGUAAAGGACACGGUCCACAAGCAGUCGCUGCUGCACCACGCCUGCUCCGUCGUGGUGGAAAACUUCCCAGAGAGCACCGACCUCUACUCCGAGAUCGGAGCCAUCACACGCUCCGCAAAAGUGGAUUUCGACCAGCUGCAGGAGAACUUGUGUCAGAUGGAGCGUCGCUGCAAGGCUUCGUGGGACCACCUCAAGGUGAUCGCCAAGCAUGAGAUGAAGCCCCAGCUGAAGCAGAAGAUGUCUGACUUCCUCAAAGAUUGUGCUGAAAGAAUCAUCAUCCUCAAGAUCGUUCACCGCCGGCUAAUCAACAGGUUCCAUUCCUUCCUGUUGUACCUGGGCCAUCCGGCCUACAGCGUGAGGGAGAUCAGCGUCAACCGCUUCAGCAAAAUCCUCAGCGAGUUCGCUCUGGAGUACAGAACCACCAGGGACCGCGUGCUGCAGCAGAAGCAGAAACGUGCCGACCACCGGGAGCGCAACAAAACCCGGGGCAAGAUGAUCAUGGACAUGAACGCACCUUCUGAUGAUGAAGAAGAGCGAGAGUGCGGUCGCAAUGGUUCAAGCUGCAGCAACAACGGCGCCCCUAGUGGGCAGGACAGCGACCAGCCCCAGGGUUUGGGCCACACUGAGGAUGCUGCAGAGCACGAGCACAUGAAGGCUGUGCUGAGAACAAGCCUGACGGGGAGCGACAAAGAGGCCGUCGGAGUGCCGGGUCUCAGGACCAGGACCAGAUCUCGGCCGGGAAGAGGAGGUCGCACCGUGCAGGCGUGGACAUCGGCCGUGGAGGACACGCAAGCCUGUGGGGACGACGCUGCGGACGAGAUCAUGGAGCGCAUUGUGCGCUCGGCCACCCAGGGUCCGGGAACCAGAACGCAGCCCAGAGAGAGGAGGAGAUCCAGAGCCAACCGCAAAUCACUGAGGCGGACUCUCAAAAACGGCCUUACACCAGAAGAAGCUCUCGCUUUGGGCUUGACCGAUUCUCCAGACACAUGAACCUCCCUUUCACCGCGACCCCUGACCCCCGACCCCAUCCUGUCCCCACUGCUGUGGAAACGUCGCCAGCGUGAGACGCCCAUGUCAGCCUUUAGAGUUUUAGCCCACCAGCCCCUUCGGGUUUUGCACCAGCUGCUACUAAUGUGUUUGAGUGAAGACGCUGCCGACCGGGACGGUGUGUGUGUUGAGUGCUUGUUUUGUGUUUGAAGCACAGAAGCAGGAAACGGAGGUGAAGAAAGACGUGUUCCCUUGAGGACUAGCUUAAAAAUCUCUUUGUCGCACGCAGGUACUAUAAAGAAUUCAACGUCUUGGAUCUUUCCAAAGUUCUUUUAAAGAAAUCCAAAGGGAUCUUUUCCGAUUCAUUGAAGCUGUGAAUUUUUUUUUUUUUUUUUUGCUGUAAAGCAGUCGGUAGGAAUUUUAAUUAGUUUUUUUUGUUUGUUUUGAACCAGAAUCCAGGUGAUCUCCCUGAAAAAAACAAAAACAACAGAGAAAGUAUUGUUCAUAUGAAAUAGGACUAUGACAGGUUUUCAGGCUGAUGAGUGCCUUUCUUUUUAAAACAUAAAAAAAGGGACAAUGCUGUACCUUCGCACGCACCAUCCUAGCUACGGUGGCUCAGAGGUGUCACAUUGACAGUAUUUAUUUCGCAAAGCUCUGACGUCUUGCACCUUAACUGACAUGAAUCCUCUCUUGUGCUGAAACGGAGGAGUGUUUUAAUCUCAGAGGAACUUCUUUCAUGAAAAAACAAACAAACAAACAAAAAAAAUAAUGAUGAACCUUGUAGCGGACACGCAGGGCACUCUGCUUUAAAUGUGUAAAUGCCCUCAUCAGGUGAAACUUCCUGCAGUUCGUAGACAGUUUGUAGAAACUUGUAUUAUAGUCUGUGAGAAAAAUGGGAGUUUCUGUGGAUUGUAAUUGUAAAGAAAGCCCAUGACAAAAUGCGUCCGUCCCAGAAGUCUUUGUCUUUUUUUUUUUUUUUUGUAAAUGUUGGAGUGAGGAAGUGUUGGAGCUUUCCGUCUUGAUUUCUGUGCUUUGCAUUGUACUCGGGUCUGAACCUGAACGCAGGACGCGGAGCGCAGUUUGGACUCUUUUCACUUGAAAUGCCGUGUUAAACACAUUCUGCAAUAAAAAAGCAAAUGAAUGUUCA